GCCAAUUUGUUAUAAGCUAAAAUGGGCUUAAAAUCACCUCUUGUUAUGUUUAGCUUCUUCUUCUUGGUUGUGGCAAUUACAAUAAUGCCACUAGCUGAAGGACAAUUGCUUGGGGGGAUUCUUGGCCCUCUCUUCGGCUUAUUGAGAAUACAAGGAAUUGUCUAUUGUACCCCUAAUGGCAACAUUGGUGUCAACGGCACUGCCACCCCUGCUUUCCCUAAUGCAUUAGUGCAACUGCGGUGUGGAGGAACCGUGAUAUCCACCGCCACAACAAACGGAUCUGGAGUAUUCUCUAUACUAUUGGACCCACUCAACUUUAUCCUCUCCACGCUUCUGUCAGGCUGUAGACUCGCCGUUAACACGCCGUUAGCAUCUUGCAACGCCGCUUUGCCGUCGGUGGGCGGCCUCGUUUCUAACCUUCAGUUCAUCGGAAACACCUUCGCCGGACUAUUGAACGUCGGAAACCUCAUCCCUAGUGGUUUCUUGUUCAAUGCUAGUGUCAAUAACUGAUUAUUAAAAUAUAUGCCACACUCAUCAUGCAUGCAUGGGAUUAUCUCUCUCUCUCUCUCUCUCUCUCUCUCUCUCUCUCUCUCUCUCUCUCUCUCUCUCUCUCUCUCUCUCUCUCUAAUAUAAAUAUUCUAUAUAUAAGCCAUCAAUAAGUGAUACUAUUCACUUAGAAUGAAUUUAUGUUUUUGUCAUGGGUUUUUUAAUUUUGCAAAAAGUGUGGUAAUAAUUUAUUAUAUAUGUGUAAUCCAAGUUUUUGAUUGUAUUUGUGACACCAUCUUAUAUAUAUAUUAUGACAACUUGGAUCUAGUAGAUUCGUGCACAUGGAUUAGUUUUC